GCGACGGGUUGAGGUGUUGUGCCUGGAAAUUCGGCGAGCACAAUACUGAAACAAAACUUUAUUUUUCAAACAUCUAAAAAAAUGCAGUUUACAGUUUUAACAUGAAAGACAAUCCAAUCACUGAGUGUACUUUGUUGUUCCUGUUGACUUUGUCUUGUUGUUGUUUCUGCAAAGGAGCUGAACAUAUGAAGUGUAACCGAACUUCCUAUGACAAGAUCGCUUGCUUCAAGAGGAAUUCACAUCGCGGAUUCAGAUUGUUUGAAAUUCUUGUGAUGACUGACCGUGACUGGUCUGCAACACAGUAUGGUGGUGUGGAUAUUGACUGGAAUAACUGGGAAAACUACAUACAUGGAUUUGCAUGUCGCUGUCUUGAAAGACUUAAAGAUCUCGUCAAAACAACUGGGAAGAAAUAUCACCACUUCUCAAUGCUGAACUACGGUGAGUGUUGGACUUCGGAGGAUGUUAUAUACGACUUGACGCAGCUGGACUUAGACGAAACAUGUGUUGGAGAUGAUUUUCUCUUGUGUCAACGCGAGGCAGAGAGCGAGUGCUUUGGUAGAGAGGAGAGUCAGUUCGUGUAUCACGUUAACUACGAAGACGAGCCGGUAGUGGACGAGUACAAGAAUCUUCAGAGUGAAUGUACAAUCGAAACUAUGACAGUCUGUUCAGCACCUAGUCACAGUUACAAUGCAUAUGCUAGCCCGACAGUUCAACCAUAAAGAAAUAAACUGAGACGUUUAAUGAUAACUUUAUAUGUAGGCAUCCUGAAAGAGGAAGGGUCGCCAAUUCGUAAAACACUAUUAAAUUUAGCUGGACAACGAUUGUUGAAAUUGUAAAAACUAUCAACUUACAAGUCGUCCCUGCCAAAUAAAUCAUUUA